UUUCAUAUUUUUAUUGGCUUUUAGCAUUGUUAAUUCCUACUCUUGAUUUCCCAUGCCUGAUAUGGAGCUUCAACUCGGUCUUGCUCUCCCAACACCAAACAUAAUGAAGGGCUUCGACUUGAACAACCACGGACUGCAUCACCUGAAACAAACGGGUUGUUUCAGUGACAAAAGCAAACGUAGUUUUGAUCAGGCUUUUGGAAACUUCAAACAAGACCGUAAAACGAAGACCUUGCUUCUUUGGAGUGGUCAGCCAAACGAGGAAGAAGAUCACAAGGAUCAGAAGAAAACAACUUUUUCCGCCAUUGAUGACAGCAACGAUGAGGAGGAAGUUGAACAAGUAGUGGGGUGGCCACCCAUUAAAACAUGGAGAAAGAAAAUAUUCAAGCAACCGAACGGAGCCGGUGGAAUUGAGAACAACCGAGUUGCAGAUAAAGAGAAGAGCAGAUCCAUUUAUGUUAAGGUGAAGAUGGAAGGAGUGGCAAUCACAAGAAAGGUUGAUAUAAGUCUUUAUCUAUCUUAUCAAACCCUCACCAACUCCUUGAUCGCAAUGUUUUCCAAAGACAAGAAAUGUGGUGACGACGAUUAUACACGUUAUAUUCUCACCUACCAAGACAAAGAAGGAGAUUGGCUGAUUGCAGGAGAUAUUCCAUGGCAAAGUUUUACGAGGAGUGUGCAGCGGCUGAAGAUAAUAAGGAACCGGGAUUGAAAUAUCGGGUCUACAGUCGACUGUCAUAAGGAAAAUUUACUAGUUUACCAAACAUCAAUGCUUUGAAGACCAAAUUAUUAUUUCCGAUAAGUAUGUAGUUGUAAAAACAUGUUAAAUGAUUGUGUGCGAGCAUAUAUCUCUAUAUAGUCUAAGCUAGCAUGAACCAUAUGAUCGAAGCAUAUAAUUAAUUCCGAUUAGCUUGCUUUAUUUGA